AGAAGCGAUCGUUUCAGAAUGGCGACGGUUGAGAAGUUUUGAACGAUCUAAGAGAAAUUGCAGCUUUCAACGGAAUUAUGGGAGACGAAUUAGAGAAUAUACCGUCGAUCACGGUGAAAGAACCGCUCGACCUGGUUAGGUUAAGUUUGGACGAGAGAAUUUACGUGAAAAUGCGGAACGACAGGGAAUUGCGGGGCAGGCUUCACGCCUACGAUCAGCACAUGAAUAUGAUACUGAGCGACGCAGAGGAAACCAUUACGACUGUCGAAAUCGACGAAGAAACGUACGAGGAAGUCUAUAAAACGACCAAAAGAAACAUUCCCAUGCUUUUCGUUAGAGGCGACGGCGUAAUAUUGGUGUCCCCUCCUAUGCGCACUUCAUGAAAAUUUUAUUCUGAUUAAAUAAAAUCAUCCAACAUUCUAACUUCGUAUUUCUUGACGUAGCUAAAGUUUACAGAAUUAAAAUUUACGUAGCCGCACUGCUGCCUAAUUUGCAGUUGGUGGGCAGUAGGCGAACUUAGGUCGACAAGGUACCUGGUGCUCUUGCAACGAACGUCUUGCAUCUUCUUUUCAGUGAGAGAAGUAAAUGACCAAAAUAUCUGUGACCUAUUUUUUAGUAGAAGGUUCUGGCAGUAAAUUAAACGAGGGACUGGCUUUUUUUUUAAAUUGUCGGUCAGUUGAGACCAGGUAAUACUAUUUUAGAAGCUUUUUUCUCUUUCUUACCAGGGAGUAGCCCACUUUUUCAAUUGAUUUUAUUGCUUACUGUUAUAUUUCUUAGAAUAUUCAAUCACAUCCUUAGUUAGUCAUACUUGAAAAAAUCUAUUUGGAUUUAUGGGCACUCAUAGAUACGCUAAUAAAAGGUUAGAACAGAGUCAUAGUUGAAUGAGAAUUUACAGUUUACAUUUCAGGGAUGACAGAAGUUUGCAAUUCCCUCUUUUUGUAAUAGUAAGUUUACUUCCGAUGGUAAGAUUUUCCUGGGAAAUUAAAAAACGAACGAAUUUACUUAUCCACAGAUACAUUUAUACAAUAAAUAUAUGUAAUUUUUAGAAGAAAACGAAAAUAAAUCUUAUAUUAAGAGAGAUGUAUGCCUUCAAACUGAAAUUAACACUGCAAGCGUAGUCAAAUCAAAUAGGUAUUUACAUUUAGAUUGCAUUUGUUGAUGGCUUUCAUUCACUUCCAAGACUAAUAUUGACAAUGUCAAAAUUAUGGGUUAAAUGUUGGCAAAGAUA